AUGUCUCAUCCUUGCUCGGAUAUUCGUAACGAUUCAGAGUCAGCCAAUAAGCCCAUCCCAAGUUCCAAUCACGAAAUGCAAUGGUUAAAUGAACAAACUGGUUGUUUUGAAUCCAUCAUCGAACAAGCAUAUAUUUCUGAUAACAUCUCAGAAGAAGAGGGUUUUAUAAGCGAAAGCAGAAAGAGAAAGAGAAAUCAGGAGAACAGGAUGUUAGGAAAGAAUUACACGGGACAUAAGGUUGUUAAACUUGAUCAAAAUACUAAAUUAGAAGAAGUUUCAAAGGCAAGAAGAAGGAUGAGAGACAAGCCAUGUGACCAUGAAGCAGUUUUAAAGUCUGAUAGAAGCUAUUGUUGUUCUGCCAUAAGUGAUGAAAUGCGACAAGAUAUAUUUAAAUAUUUUUGGCAAUUGCCGUCGUGGGAUGCGAAAAAAUCAUAUAUUAAUGGAUUGACUCAAGUGCGAAAUAUAUUACGACGACGAAAAACCUCUGUAGGUGUACAUAAAAAGUCUCAUGGAUUUGACUGA